AUCUGGUCACACUGGUUUUCUAGAUCGAGAUUUCAGCUCGUCAACAAUUGCGCACUAAAUUUUCCGUAAAAACAAACAAAGUCGUCCGUUUGGGAGCAUCGAAAACACGGAAUAAAGACAAGCAGCCAUGACAAUUUUCGGAAAAUUGCGGGGGGAGAUCAAGGACCAGGAGAAGGUGCCCUUGCCUAUGAACCUCAACGACGAGGCGCUGAUGCACCACGGCUCCUUAAUCGCACCUAAGGUCGUUUACAGCGACAAUGAAGCCGACACGGAAUCGAUGGUCUUCAACCGGCCGCAGCACCAUUGCCUCAAGUCCUUUCUGUUGUUCCUCAUCGCCGUGGUCGUGAUGCUCCUGGGUGUCCUGGGCGGCUGGACACUUUAUCGUGUUUACGCUCCUGCACAUGGCAGCAUGCGUUAUCAUGCACUGUGCGAAAUUCCAUAUCCGGAGGACUCAAUGGAGGUAGCGCGAGUGUAUCCUCGCAGUGAAGGACCGUUCGCUUUGAAUUGGCACUCCUUGAUACCUGAGUUUGGACCCUCGAUGCCAAGCAGUGGAUCCCUCGACGAUAACUACUUCCGCGAGGACAUCGAACUAGAUGGCGAUAGCGAUGAGGAAGGUUACGCCAGGGUGGAUGUUCCAGACUUCAAGGACGGCCGUCGAGGUCGCUUCAUGCACGAUUUUAAAGAGAACCAGUCGGCUAUUAUCGACACCACUUCCGGAAGGUGUUUCAUCAUGCCUUUGGACCGCGACACUACCCUGCCACCAACCAGCUUCGUGGACCUCAUGAAGAAAAUGAGCACUGGCUACUACAACAUCGACACGGAGCGAGUGCGACACCAAAUGCGCGUGGUGACGCCCCGCAUUACUGAUUUCUCGCUCAUCUCAGAGCGAAUUGCCAACGAGUGCUAUGAUAUGAAAGUCUACAUGAUGGAGAAAUUCGUUUCGGGCAUUUCAAAGAGAUCGGCCGAUCCUCUGCCCGAUUCCGGCAAGUACGCUGAGUUUAUGGGCAAGGGCGUCAUAGAGUACGACUUGGCCAAUAUUGCCGAGGUGGAGGCCUACGAAGCAAAUGAAGCCAACCAACAGGCCUGAGCAUCUCGAGUAGGAUCUUUUAAGCUAAAACAACCCAUAUGAAUACACAACCUAAACCAAUUAUUAAUUAGAAUCGAUUUAUACAUAUAGCGAAGCGAGGAGAUCUGUUCGGAGAGCCAUGCCAACAAGUUUAGAUCUGGUUACCACUGUUUAGCAGGACACAGCCCACUCCGGGUAAAGAUAUCAACAUUGGCCAAGCGAGUUUAGCGAAUCAUAGACCCUAGUAAAGAAGCGUAACGAACAUGUACCUAGAACGCAAUCAAAAGCGAUCGACGAAAUUGUGACAAAUACGAGCAAUGUAUUAGCCUCGAGUGCGGGAUAAAAACGGGAGAGAUUGGAUCAAGUCAGAGUUUAGUUCAAAUACAAGCUGCCCCAUUCCGAGUACAUAUUUUAUAUAUAUGCUCUUUAACUAUUCUAACAAUUAAUGAAUAAAACGGAUUCAGAUCGACGCUAUUUACAUCCAAAAACCAAACCAGACAACCGAUAGAGGAACGGAAACUAUCAGCAUGCGUCGAAAGACAGAGAAACAAAUUAAUCUAAAUGUUCUUUAAAACUACUUAAAUGUAUUAAACGCGAAUUUGUGAUCUUUAA